AUGGAUGCAGAGACAUCACCGAUCCAAGAAUUUUACGGUUGUCUGGUCUUGCUGAGACUGUUGACUCCGAACCGAUCGAGUAUCCAACCAGACAAGCCGAGCGCCAUUCGAGUACCGAAGCGGAAUAAAUGGCAUGUCUUUCUGGAUAGCCUAGCUUGGUUGGCUGACCACAAAUGUGGUGGGAAAACUGUCACGGCUGUUGCAGUUGGUCUCUCCUCCACUGGGCCAAUCUAUUGGAUUGUCAGCCAGUCACCAAUCGACCCAGAAGUGCUCCGACAUGUUCAAAAAGUGUUAGUUGAUUUAUCCCAUGAGAGCCCACCGAACACAUCGUCGCCAUUGGACCUUAUCCGACAGAUUGCGCGUGAUUCUAUCGAGAUUUCUGGUCUCCGGGUUCGAAAUUAUGGGCAAAGAUUGAAGGCCAUCGUCGCCGCUGUCGAUGCAAAAGAGCCCCUUGUCGCACUCGAUGAGGGUGAAAGGCAGCAUUUGAAAUCAUUUCUGAAUCUAUCGAGAGAUCCAGACCGUUUAAUCGAUCUAUCUUUGAAGCUCAAAAGAUCAAGACUUCUCAAGCGCCUCCACCAUUUGAUCCAGGCUUCUGAGGAAAAGGCUUUGUGGGUAGAAGUGCGGCAUCUGUUGGGUAGGCUGUGCUCCUGGGUUAGAGCGGCCACUCGCCUGGUCCUCACGUGCCAGCGCUUCCGUGACCGUAUCAGGAAUGCCCGUGUGGAGCCGGUCGACCUGACCUCCAUUGGAACGUUCAGUUUUCAGCUGCCAUGGCAUGAGCCUGUUGACAUUCUGCGCGAAUUGAUGCCGGAAUUCCAUGGCUCCAGACUCCGAGAUGCGUUACAUGCUCGUCAGAACGACAAGAUGGUUGGUCAGAUCCUCCGGUGUCUCUCCACCAUGGAGAGGGGCAGAUUCCAUACAGAUCUCCAUGUAGAGGUCAUCCUACUGCGUCACUUUCACCUGCGCAGGCUCGACUUCAUCGCCGACGACCGCUACAUAGGUUGCAGUAAACCUUCUUGUUACUGCUGCGACCUGUACUUGCGCAGCCACCCUGUCGGAGUACAGCCGCGCCGAAGUCAUGGCAAUGUUUGGAUCAAAUGGGCAACGCCGCUGUUCUCCGGGGUACCAACAGCGGAUGAGGUGCUGGUUUUACAAGACAUUGUGAACACGGUCAAGUCGGAUCUGCGCUUUCAGAUCAUAUCUAGUCCCACACUGACGAGGCGGCCGCCGGACUCAACCACGGGAUUGGAAAGCACGAAUCCUCUGUCCAGUCUCGACUGA